AAGAGGAGGUCUAGUCAGACGAGUCGUCUCCACCCUCCUCCUGCUCCGGACUGCAAACCUACCUCAUCCGCAAACGGCUUUCUUCAAACCAGCAUAUUUUGCUCACUGGAUUUCAACCUACGCAGGCUGGACUUUUACCGCGACUUCUUCUCCCAAUCUGCACUGCGGAUAUCUGUUUAAAAUCUCACGGGCGACUGCUUGAAACCAGAAGUGCAAACCACAGGAAUCACUGUGUGUGUGUGUGUGUGUGUGUGCGCGCGUUUCCACGGAAGUCUAUAAUAAUUGUCCACUAGGAGCUCCGCAGGCCUCGUUUGUUUUCAGAUUUGAAAAUGUAUCAAGUGGUCAGGAAGCUGUUUUUCACGGAGUGUCGCUGCGCAGAGGAUGUGCCGAAGUCGUACGAGGAGCUGUUCGCCAAGCUGGACGCGAACAAGGAUGGGAAAGUGGAUGUGUCCGAGCUGAAGGCAGGCCUGGCGUCUAUGGGCAUCAAAGCUGGGAAGGGAGCAGCUCAGAAAAUAGUUUCCUCCGCGGACAAAGACAAAGAUGAAAGCAUCGACUUUGAAGAGUUCACCAAGUACCUGAAGGAGCACGAGAAGAAGCUGCGACUCACCUUCAAGAGCUUGGACAAAAAUAGUGAUGGUCGGAUAGAUUUAAUGGAAAUAAAGCAGUCGCUGGCUGAUCUGGGACUGGACAUCAGCAAGGAGGCCGCAGAGAAAAUCCUUCAGAGCAUCGAUGUGGACGGAACCAUGACGGUGGACUGGAGCGAAUGGAGGGAACAUUUUCUGUUUAACCCGGCCACCAACCUGCAGGAGAUAAUCCGUUACUGGAAGCACACCACGGUGUUGGACAUUGGUGACAGCCUCACCAUCCCAGAUGAGUUCACAGAGGAGGAGAAAACGACUGGUCUGUGGUGGAAGCAGCUGUCAGCGGGGGCCAUGGCGGGCGCCGUGUCCCGUACAGGAACCGCCCCGCUGGACAGAAUGAAGGUCUUCAUGCAGGUGCACGCGUCUAAGAGCAACAAAAUCAGCCUGACUGGCGGCUUUAAGCAAAUGUUAAAAGAAGGAGGGGUGAUGUCUCUGUGGAGAGGAAACGGCAUUAACGUGCUCAAGAUCGCCCCCGAGACAGCCAUUAAAUUCAUGGCUUACGAGCAGUAUAAGAAGCUGCUGGCCAGUGAACCAGGGAAGAUCCAGACCCACGAGAGGUUCGUGGCGGGAUCGCUGGCUGGAGCCACAGCACAAACCGCCAUCUAUCCUAUGGAGGUCAUGAAAACCCGUCUGACCCUGAGGAAAACAGGACAAUACUCAGGAAUGUUUGACUGUGCCAAGAAGAUCCUGAAGAAGGAGGGAGUGAAGGCGUUUUACAAGGGCUACGUUCCCAAUAUUCUGGGCAUCAUCCCCUACGCCGGGAUAGAUCUGGCGGUCUACGAGAGCUUAAAGAACUUCUGGUUGUCCAGCUACGCCAAAGACACGGCGAACCCGGGUGUUCUGGUGCUGCUGGGAUGUGGUACCAUCUCCAGCACAUGUGGUCAGCUGGCCAGCUACCCCCUGGCUCUAAUACGCACCCGGAUGCAGGCUCAAGCUUCCAUCGAGGGCUCGGAGCAGCUGCCGAUGGGCGGCAUGGUGAAAAAUAUUCUGGAGAAAGAGGGCUUCUUUGGACUUUACCGUGGCAUCCUGCCCAAUUUCAUGAAGGUCAUACCGGCUGUCAGCAUCAGCUACGUGGUCUACGAGUACAUGCGCUCUGGCCUGGGUAUUCAGAAGUAGGCGGCAGUCACCUGUCAGUGUAAGAAGAUGUGCAGCGAUAUUUUAAAUUGUACUUCAAAAACACUUCCCUUCAUUUGUUUGUCACAUAAAGUAAUUGUUUACCUGUAGGUCACCAAAGUGUGGACUCAAACCGCUGCAGUAGGAGCCGUUGUGAAGGUUUUAAACGGACUGCAGGGAGAUUUUACAAAAAAAAGAAAAUGCUGCACAGUCAUUAAUUACGUCCCUACAAUGUUUCCAGAUGCUCAGUAUGUUUUGGUCCAGACUGCGUUUACGAUGCACCCACAGCAUUUCCUGCACUCCCGGUCUCAGGACACACAGAAACACGUAGAGAUACACUUUUGUUUGGUUUAAUUGUCGUGAGUUGUUUUUAUAUGUUAUCACCAGAUCUGUGUCACAUGUUCCUCUAAUAUUUGACCAAACAGCACCUUAAAGUUUCAGCUUUUUCUCCUGAUGGGAAGUCCGACACACAUGAAGUAUCAUCUGCUCUGUAUUUGUUACUUUUGUUUGUCGUCAUCAAAAAUAUUAACCAAAAACCCCUUGUCGAAUGUAAUCUGAAUAUUGCGGUAAGAUGUACCUAAUGAGUGGGGGGGCUGUCACACUAAGAUAUCUGAGGAAACCUUUUGAAGUGCAAUACGAUAUCUACACAUUGGCCAUGUUUGAGACAACUACGUCCUUUGGGGGAACGGAUGUCACCUGAGUUUUAUUGGUGCCACGAAGGUAUUUUAAUGUAGGACCUCUUCUGUGCUGUUGGUGAACCAAGCAAAAAACGUGCCUUAUGUGUUUUUUCUCAGAUAUCUGGACUCUUGCAGCCUCCCUUUUCUCUUGCCUUUUCUUUCCAAUAUUUGGCUACUAGAUGCUGGUGUUUACAUUAAUAAAAAAAGAAAACUUUGAAUACA